CUGUCACCCGCAUAAAAUCCUGCAACAGUGCUCAGAAGAAAGAGACCUUUGGAAGGGUUGAAACCCACCUCAGGUCUCUCUAAAACUUUGACAUAAGCAAGGAUAGAUUCAUCUAAUUCUCUUUGUAUAUAUUUUGAAUCUUUAAAUCAAGAAAAGGCCAGAGACCCAUUUAUGUGCUCUGCAUCUCCUUCUAGUGGUAUGUAAGUGCUCUGCAUCUCCUUCUAAGCUCCAUUAAAUGGCUGCGUAAGACCUUCUCGCUAAAUCUUGGUUGUUUCUGCAACUGGGUCUUGUUUCUUUACCAAGUAAAAACUACUCAUUAGUUGUUUGCCCUUUUGUCUCUCCUUUUCUAAUCUUAAUUUUUCUGGGUCUUUCUUGUUGGUGUUCAUAGUUUCUUGUGUGUUUUCCUUUUCCUUUUUUAUUUUUAUUUUCAGAGGUGAGGAAUUUUUAAUUUCAUGGCCAAAUGAAGAGUAGUCAAUCACAAAGAUGUCUGUAAUAGAAAUUUUGUGUUCUCUAAUAUUCCGUUGUACGAUGCAGAACUGUGUUAGUAAAUUCAAUGUAAAGAGUUGAUUGGCUUUUGUUUUUGUUUUUCUUUUUUUUCCCUUUCUUGGUCCACUUAUUUUAAACAGUCAUAGUCAUUGGAUUCCCAAUUAGUUCCAUUCUUGUGUUGUUAUCUUUGAUUGGUGUGUGAUUAUGGAAACUUGGGGUUUCUUUCAUUUUAUGGGCAUGAUUUUGUUCCCUCUCCUUCUAUCUGAACCUUGUAUGGCAAGUGUUCAACAUAUUGCCAAGAUGAAUAAAGGAUUUCAAGGGUCUCAAAUGACUUGGAUAGACAAUAAUGGGUUGUUCCUUGUAUCCAAUAACUCCAAUUUUGGUUUCGGUUUCACCACUACCCAAGAUGUCACUUUGUUUCUUCUUGCUGUCAUUCACCAAAGCAGUUCAACACUAGUCUGGUCUGCAAAUAGUGCCUCCCCUGUUCACAAUUCCGAUAACUUUGUGUUUGAUGAUAGCGGGAACGCUUACCUACAAAGUGGGGGAAUCACAAUUUGGUCUACAAAUACCACAGGCAAAAGGGUUUCAGCAAUGGAAUUGCUUGACUCGGGAAAUCUGGUUUUGCGUGCGAACGAUAGUAGUGUCGUUUGGCAGAGUUUUGCCCAUCCCACAGACACCCUUUUGUCCAACCAAAACUUCACCGAAGGAAUGAAAUUGGUGAGCAAUCCCGAUUCCAAUAACUUGAGUUAUUUCUUAGAAAUCAAUUCCGGGGAUAUGAUUCUUUAUGCAGGGUUUCAACCCCCACAACCUUAUUGGUCUAUGGGCAAAGAUAACCGGAGAACCAUCAACCAAGAGGGUGGGGUUGUCACUUUGGCAUCUCUUGAUGCCAAUUCAUGGAAGUUUUAUGAUCAAAACAAAGUCUUAUUGUGGCAGUUUGUUUUCUCUGAUAACAUUGAUCCAAAUGCCACUUGGGUUGCAGUUUUAGGAAACGAUGGCUUGAUUACCUUCUCCGCUCUUCAGACGGCAGGUUCAAGUGGUCCUUCACCAACGAAAAUACCUAAUGAUCUAUGUAGCACCCCUUUACAUUGUGGUGCAUAUUAUGUUUGUUAUAGUGGAAACACGUGCCAGUGUCCUUCCAAUCUCAGCUCCCUUCCAAAUUGCAACCCGGGGAUUGUCUCCCCGUGUGAUCCAUCCAAUGGUGCUACAGAGCUUGUUAAAGCAGGAGAUGACCUCAGCUAUUUCGCGCUUGGUUUUGUUUCACCCAUCUCUACAACUGAUUUACAUGGUUGCAAAGCCUCUUGCCUUGGUAAUUGCUCAUGUGUUGCUUUGUUCUUUGAAAAUAGCUCGGGAAAUUGUUUUCUUUUUGACAGUGUAGGAAGCCUCCAAAACUCAAACAAUGGUGGUGCUUUCGUUUCAUAUAUCAAGGUUCUAAGUGGUAACAACACCGGAGGUGGUGGAAGCAGCCAGAAACCCUUCCCAUAUGUCAUCAUCAUAGCUAUUUCGACAGUUGUAGUGAUUAUUGGUCUGCUUUUCGGUGGAUAUUUUUACUACCGAAGGAAGAGGAAAUUGCAGGAGUCUCCCAAAGAUUCUUCAGAGGAGGAUAAUUUCUUGGAGAAUUUAUCUGGGAUGCCAAUACGUUUCAGUUACAAAGAUCUUCAAACCGCAACAAACAACUUUUCUAUUAAGCUCGGACAAGGAGGGUUUGGCUCGGUUUACCAAGGGGUUUUGCCAGAUGGGACUAGACUUGCCGUGAAGAAAUUGGAAGGAAUUGGUCAGGGAAAGAAAGAAUUCCGAGCUGAAGUUAGUAUCAUCGGUAGCAUCCACCAUCUCCAUUUGGUGAGGAUCAAAGGCUUUUGUGCUGAAGGAACGCAUCGGCUUCUUGCUUACGAGUACAUGGCGAACGGGUCUUUGGACAAAUGGAUCUUCAGGAGAAACGAAGAGGAUUUCAUGUUGGAUUGGAACACGCGAUUCAGUAUAGCAUUGGGAACGGCCAAAGGACUGGCGUAUCUCCAUGAGGAUUGUGAUGCAAAGAUUGUUCAUUGCGAUAUAAAGCCUGAAAAUGUGCUCCUAGACGAUCAUUAUCAUGCUAAAGUCUCGGACUUUGGUUUAUCUAAGCUAAUGACUCGUGAGCAGAGUCACGUGUUCACGACUCUGAGGGGCACGAGGGGAUACCUUGCACCAGAGUGGAUCACAAACUAUGCGAUAUCAGAGAAGAGUGAUGUUUAUAGCUAUGGAAUGGUGUUGCUUGAGAUCAUUGGGGGAAGAAAAAGCUAUGACCCGACACAAACUUCAGAGAAAUCCCAUUAUCCGUCAUAUGCUUUUAAGAUGAUGGAAGAAGGGAAACUGAGAAGUAUCCUCGAUUCAAAGCUGAAGAUAGAUGAAGAGGAUGAGAGGGUAGCUAUUGCAAUCAAAGUUGCUUUGUGGUGCAUACAAGAUGAUAUGCACCUACGACCAGCCAUGUCGAAGGUAGUCCAAAUGCUUGAAGGUCUCUGUCCUGUUCCGACUCCACCGACUGUUUCUCAAAUGGGUUCUCAUUUGUUUUCAAAUUUCUUCAAACCUAUCAGCAGUGAGGGCACUUCAUCAGGGCCGUCAGAUUGCAACAGCGAUACUUAUCUUUCUGCUGUGCGGCUUUCAGGGCCAAGAUAGCAAUCAGUCAUCCAAGCAUACAACAAUCUUAUGCUUCAUGUUAUUGUAUAUAUAUUAGAUCACUCAAAUUUUGUAAUAUCUGUCACUACAAAGCUUGAAAUUUGUUUGCAAAUUCACUGCUUUAUUGCUCUGUAAAUGAAAAUAAUAAAAGCAUACAACAAUCUUUUUUCAUGAUA